AUGACCUUUAUGAUAAUGAAAACUUUAUGUUUCUUCCAUGAGCGUUCGUUGGCUUGUAUUCAUUGUCAUCCUUUCUCGGUUUUACUCAUACACAACAAUGGCCGAGGAAGAGAGAAGUUGGAGAGAGAACAUGAGGAAUCUUCAAGGGAAAUAUUGCCCUUGUAUUUGAUGAAUCCUGUAGGAACGGUGUCAUACACAGUGAUGGAGAACAGGUGGAGUCUUCAAGGAAUGACCGCUCUUGUCACUGGUGGAACCAAAGGAAUUGGAAAGGCUGUGGUGGAGGAACUAGCUCUGUUAGGGGCAAGAGUCCACACAUGUUCCAGAGACGAAACUCAGCUUCAAGGAAGCUCACAUGAGUGGCAAGCAAAAGGGUUUCAGGUCACCACUUCUGCUUGCGACGUUUCUUCUCGUGACCAACGAGAGAAACUCAUGGAAACCGUUUCCUCUCUCUUUCAAGGAAAACUCAACAUCCUCGUAAACAAUGCGGGAACAUGUAUCACUAAGCCUACCACAGAGUAUACAGCAGAAGACUUCUCAUUUCUGAUGGCUACAAAUCUCGAGUCAGCAUUUCAUCUCUCACAGCUCGCGCAUCCAUUGUUGAAAGCCUCUGGUUCAGGGAGCAUUGUGUUCAUGUCCUCUACUGCUGGGGUUGUGCAUAUUAGUGGCGGAUCCAUCUAUGCAGCAACCAAAGGAGCAAUGAAUCAGCUGGCUAGAAACUUAGCUUGCGAAUGGGCGAGUGACAACAUAAGGGCUAACUCUGUUUGUCCAUGGUUCAUCGCAACUCCUUUAAUUAACGACUAUCUCAAAGAUGAAGUGUUUAAGAAAGAAGUGGAGAGUAGGACACCGAUGGGUCGUGUUGGAGAAGCAGAGGAAGUCUCAUCGCUUGUGGCGUUUCUCUGUCUUCCUUCAGCUUCGUAUAUAACUGGUCAGACAAUCUGCGUUGAUGGAGGUGCCACUGUCAACAGCUUCUCUUUGAGAUGGAGUCUUCAAGGUAUGACUGCUCUUGUGACCGGUGGAGCGAGUGGAAUCGGGCAUGCCAUAGUAGAGGAGCUAGCCGGUUUUGGAGCUAGAAUCCAUGCAUGCGACAAAUCUGAAACUCUGCUCAAUCAAAGUUUAAGUGAAUGGGAAAGGAAAGGGUUUCAAGUGAGUGGCUCGAUCUGUGAUGUAACCUCACGUCUCCAGAGAGAAACACUCAUGCAAACUGUCUCCUCGCUGUUUGGUGGCAAGCUCAACAUUCUUGUCAACAACGCUGGCGCAAUUCUCACAAAGCCAACAAGAGAAUAUGUGGCUGAUGAUUUCUCCUUCCUUAUCUCAACAAAUUUGGAGUCUGCUUUUCAUCUUAGUCAGCUUUCACAUCCUUUGUUAAAAGCUUCAGGAUCUGGAAACAUCGUCUUUACUUCUUCUAUGGCAGGAGUUGUAUCAAUCGACUGUGGAUCACUCUAUGGUAUAACCAAAGGAGCUUUGAAUCAGCUAGCAAGAAAUUUGGCAUGUGAAUGGGCAAGAGACGGCAUAAGAGCUAAUGCUGUUGCUCCUAAUUUUAUCAACACUGCUCUGGCUCAAGCUUAUCUUGAUGAUGCUGGUUACAAGAAGAGUUUAUUAAGUAGAACUCCACUUGGUCGCACUGGAGAGCCUAAUGAAGUUGCGUCACUAGUGGUCUUCUUGUGUUUACCUGCAGCAUCGUAUAUUACAGGUCAAACAAUUUGUGUUGAUGGAGGUCUCACUGUUAAUGGUUUCUCCUAUCAGCCAAAGGCUUGA